AUUGGAGACACAGUAGAGAGGAAAUCGUGCUCCUUACUAGCCGACACACGCCGCCAGAACACAUCGAACAGAUUGGGGAGAAAGGAGGCGAUAAGAAAGGAGAGAAGGUGAAAUUCUAACGAGGGAUUUACACAGGUUGGGAUACAGACGUUGAUUAUCAAGAAGAAAGGACUAACGUCAUUUUGUAUUUCACGUGCAUUUUAAAGACUAACGUUAGCCAUUUUCUUCUGGACAAGGUAUUGUAAUAUAACCCUUGUGAGGUAGCGGAAUGUGUACGCUAGCGAUAGCUAAUUAGCUAGCUUAGAAUUCAGGACUUUGUGCGGGUUUGUUAUCUGGCUGAAACACAACGUUAUAUGCACUUACAAUCUUGUACUUCAGCAUAUGAUAGCGCACGCAACGUCAGCUGUUGGUGGUGAGAUUUUCAUAUGAUGUUCCUGACCAUGCUGCUCUUUCCAUGAUUAAACAAUAACACUAGCUUAGCUAGCAUAAAGAAUUAUUUUAUGUAUCAAAGACUUAACGUUACCAUUACCCAAAUGGAUAGCUAGCUGAGUCAAAAGGAAGGUCAGUCAUUUAAUAUCUCCCCACUUUUACUUGAGCUUUGGCUCAAAAAUACAGCAACAUUAGGACUACCCACAGACAUAACGCUAUUUAAGGUUACGUUCAGAUUCCUUCAACAACGCCUUCAGACAAUUGCAGCAUUCCUUGCACGUUGUUUUUAUUGCAAGUCCCACCUUGAUUACGCGAGGGCCUAGCUAACUAUAUCGCUAAUUUAUCAGGCCUAAAACCAAUCUGUGAUACUGUCAACCAUCAACAGUGCAAUCUCUGAUUCCCCCCCUAUUAUUUUAACCAGCUGGCUUAUAUUUUUCUCGAUUUUGUCCUUGUCUUGGUAUUGCCAGGCGGCACAGAUUUACGUUCUUAACCAUUUAAAAUGUACAUUUCUACGACAUUAUUGUUUGCCUGACAGUAAAGUGGAACCAAUAUUUAGCUCCCUAUUUAGCCAAUAGCGCACGUUUUUGGAGCAGUCGCUAAAUUUAACCAGGCUCUGUAAAACAGGAGUUUUGAUCUUCCUGGGCAGAGGAAACCGGCUAAGGUUACUCACAUUCUAGGCAUAGCGCGAGACUCUAUCCUAGAACAGAGUACAACCAAGGGAAGGAGGCAAAGGUAUAAAUAGAUAGCUAACGGAGACCGAGCUGUUCAAUGUUAAUGUCGACUGACGUAGCAUCAAUAAUGUUACCCGUUAAUCGGGGAAUGAUGGACCGAGAGAGGGACAUUGACUCCACGACUGGACCCCUCGCAAACUCUCCCGGAGCUUCAGCAGCCGUCCGAGGAAUGAAACGUGGAGACCCAGAGCCCGACGCACAGACAGCUGCAGCUUUGACCGAACUGGCCGGGGCGGAAUGCAAGCGGCCGAGGAUAGACGGGACCGGGGUUGUCGGUGACAUUGGGCAGGGAGCUCCAGAGUCUACAGUAGGUCAGGAGGGUCUUGUGCCCCCACCCUUCACUGCCUUCCCCCCGCCGCCCCCGCCUCAGAAUGGCCUGGCCACCGAGUUUGGAGGGGCCCUGUACGCCGCUGGACCCCAGGGGCCCUCCGAGCCCGUCGCCGGCACCAACGGCCCUGCCUCGGCACCCAACAAUGUGAGCGCUCCACAGACAGAGGGCUCUUCUCAGGUAGAGGGGGUGGGCCAGUGCGUGGCGACGAGUGGACCUGGCGUGGUGGCUGGCGUGUCUGGGGGCGACUCACCCGAGGCCAAGGGAACCCCAAAGCGCCUCCACGUCUCCAACAUCCCCUUCCGCUUCCGCGACCCCGACCUCAGGCAGAUGUUUGGGCAAUUUGGGAAGAUCCUUGACGUUGAGAUCAUUUUCAAUGAGAGAGGCUCAAAGGGCUUUGGGUUUGUGACAUUCGAGACGAGCGCAGAUGCCGAAAAGGCUCGUGAAAAGCUUCACGGAACACUAGUGGAAGGCCGCAAGAUUGAGGUUAACAAUGCCACAGCCAGGGUGAUGACAAACAAAAAGGUUGUCACCCCUUACCCCAACGGAGAGGCACUCGCAACGCUGCCCUAUGCUGCGGGCUGGAAGCUGAGCCCAAUGGUGGCAGGGGGCAUCUACGGACCAGAGCUCUAUGCAGGCUCCAUCUCGAUGCCUGGCUUCCCAUACUCCUCUGCAGCUGCGGCCGCCACCACGGCCGCAGCGUUCCGGGGAGCUCACCUGAGGGGACGGGGUCGACCGGUCUACAGUGCCGUCCGUGCCGCCGUCCCCCAGCCCGCCAUCCCCACCUACCCUGGUGUGGUGUAUCAGGAUGGUGGGUUUUAUGGAGCUGCUGACUUAUACGGAGGCUAUGCAGCCUAUCGCUACGCUCAGCCUGCUGCUGUAACCGGGGCAACUGCUGCUGCGGCUGCAGCUGCCUACAGUGACAGUUACGGUCGGGUAUAUACCACAGACCCCUACCACGCCUUGGCCCCUGCUGCCGCUGCCUAUGGAGUCGGUGCCAUGUCUCUUGCUCACGCGUCCUCUCUGUCUGCUGUCACACAGGCUAGUUUAUACCGGGGUGGAUACAGCAGGUUUGCGCCAUACUAAGAAGAUUGCCCCCCCCCCCCAGCCCCUCCUCCUCCCUUCCCCUGGAUUUCCCUCCACCCUUCCGUUUCCAGAGCCCCCAUCCCUCUUUUUUUUUUUUCUCUCUCGCUUCCCUCCUGUGCUGGGGCCCCAAGGUCCGCAGCCGCCGCUCAAAAGACAUGUACAGAAGCCUCACAACACAACCACAGUUUGUCUGUCCACUGCAACACAACAGGAGACAACCAGUGAGGGAUCGUGGCAGCAACAUUUGCAAAGACUGUGGAACACCAACGGACACGCAGACAGACAGACAGACAGACAGAGAGACAGACAGAGGGAGGACCGAGAAAUCACUGCUUGAUUAUUGUUCGUUUUUUUUUUUUUUUUUAACACUACAGCUUUGCAAUCACUAUUUUUAUUUUGUCAAAACAGUCUGUGGUUACGCCCUUUAUUUUCAUUUUUACAGGAGAACCUUUGUAUUACAGCUGACACUAGUAUUAAGUUUAGUGAGUCAUUGUGAACCUUGUCUUUAUAUUCUGUUCAGUACCCACACACAAGAGUGUCAGCUCCACAUACUAUUGGGCUUUCAAGCGUCUACUAUCAACUCACAUGUUUGUGGUAAAUGUUAAAUACUAUAAGGGAGCGUAUCUCCCUCAGCUACAUUUAAAAGGGCACAGCCGUUUUGUUAAGAGGACAGUUGUCGAGGAUCAGCUCUCACAACAGAAAAUGAGAGCAGUGGGACAUUUAUAGCAAAAUCGGCAUCAUUUACAUAAGCGUCAUGGGCGAAAACCAAAUUACCCAUCAUUUCACAAUCAACUCAAAAGCGAAGGGGAAAAAGAACUUUUAUGAAUGACAAGGAAAGGAAAACAAAACCUCUUGUUUUUGUUCUGCAUUACCUCAUGUUUUUCCUUUGGUUCUGGAAAAUGUUGAUAAUAAUAAUAAUGAAUGAUGAUGAUGAUGGUGAUGAUAAUGAUCAUGCAAGCAAUGCUAAAGAACAACAGUUCUGCUACUCAGCAACAUUUAUUGUUAUUAUUAUACAUAUUUUCUAGUUUUGAUUUAUUUCAGGUCUGCUAGUAUUAUAACUAUUAUAAAGUUGUCAUUUCUGUGAUUUAUAGUCCUGCAAGCAUUUCAGUCUGUAUCAUGUAUCCAUAUUAUCUCAUCUAUCUAUAACAUCUGCAACAUUUGCCUGAGGAGAACUCUUGGAGCAAAAAAAAAAAAAAACAAACAAAAAAAAAGAUUUAAAAGGAGAGUGCAAGUAAGAGAGAGACGGUUCAUUCUUCAGGAGCAAACGGACCAGUUCUGAGACUCACGUGAGACUACUAGACCACACAGCAUUCCAUAAGCGCCACCAUUUCACGUCUGGAGUCACUGGCCACCCAGAGUCCAUCCAGUGUAGAGCCCAUCCCAGUGAGUAGGAGCCGGACUGGUUCACGGACGAGAUCGGAAUUCUCAGGGCUUGGGGAACAGGGGGACACACCAGCGGAGCCCGGCGGGAACACUUUGUGUGACCCCACAAUUUUAAAGGCAGUGGUGCUCUUCUACCGACGAAAUUAGAUUUUUUUUUUGUAUUAUUGUCAUUAUUCCACCCAUCAACUCUUACAAACUGCACCCCUUUUUGCUGAAGACUGGGACUGGGACGUGAGAAUCAUGUUCCUACGCUUCCUUUCUGGUGUGUCGGUUGGUUUGGGAAUGCUGUCGUCCAGUCCAGUACGUACCAGAGCUACUGCCUCUCCGCUCCCGAAAGCAGGAUGGGACAAACCUGUAUAAACGUUGUCUCGCUCCUGUUCUGUAUAUCUCCAUAUACUCAGACUAUGUUAUUAUUGUUGCUACUAUUAUUGUUAUUAUAUUAUUGCUGUUGAUUCUUCUUUUUUUGGUUCCAAAGAUUCUCUAAAAGCACAUUUUUUUUGUUGACUGUAUACACGUAUGAUUAUCCUUUUAAUGGUUGAUGUUGCAGUUAUUUUAGCUUUUUUUAAGAGAAAAAAAAUCAUGUCUUGCAUGUCUAUUAAAUUGACAUUGUUGCAUCAGAGUGCUUGAGAAGCACCUUGUCUUUGAGGGAGACACCCAACAGCUUCAGAGAGAGAGAGAGACGGGGGUGAGACAGGGUGGGUGUUAAUUUAUUUAGACAGUUUUUAAUCAUUCGUAGCAACCACUCCCUCAAGGCCUGACCCCCCUACACUACAGUACAAGUGUUUAAAUGUUAAAGAAACAGACGAGGUCGUCCUUUUUGAGAUGCAAAAUACCUCUCGGAGUCAUUAUGCGAAGUGACAAGAGGGUUAGCGAAUUAGGAGGUUGUGGGCUGGAGUCUCGAGGGAAGGUGCGAGAUAGAUUGCAGCUGUUUUAAUGCAAGAUCUCCCCUCAGACACACAGAAGACCAUAUCGAAAAGGCCAGUGCGACGGGCCAGAAGAGCGUGAUACCAGCGUGACAUUUUUAGAGACCCCAACCGUGUAAAUGUCACCGAGGCCGAGAGAGAGAGAGAAGGGGGUAGACAGUCAGAGGAACGUGCAAAGCCGUACUCAUAUGAUUAUAAUCCAAGCUGUGGCUACAGCGGAAUACCCCAUAGAGUUGGAGAAUGUGGCUCUAGCCAUGAUGAGCCCGUGAGGAUGCAGUGGGCUGAGGGAGGAGGAGGACUGGAGAUGUAUGUCUAUAGGCAGCUGCAGCUGAGGGGUUAUGCUAUGUUAUUUGAACCCACUCAGACUCUAUAGUGUUAAGCGGCACCAGUGGGAUUUGAGAGGGAGACGGACCGAAUCGGUGAACAUUUCACACGUUCUCUUUUGUUUGGCCUGUGCAAGAGGAGGAACAGACACAAAAAGGUCUACAGAUUUCAAAAUAAGAAACACUUGUUCAAGCCAAACCUGUAUAUUAUUUGGCAUCCGGAUAGAGGGAGUGGGAGGGGGGGAGAUGUCCUUUUUUUUUUACUAGUAAUUGUCAAUGCUGUCUCAGCUGUGUUACUCUGUCCUCUUGUGUUGUCAUGAGAUUCUCAGAUUUUUUUUUUUUUUUUUUAAUGAGUGUAGUGGAAUGCUUGGUCUGGGAUGUUCAUUUUUACUCCAAAGAGCCCCUGUGAGCCCGUGUCUACCCAGUUCUUCUCUGCAGGCACAUGGCACCAAAUUGCUGAGAGCGAGGGUCAAAGGGUCAGAUUUUCAAUGCUGUGAUGCCCCCCGUCCCCCUCCCAGCUUCAACCCACCCUCUAGCAGACUCUUGUCACCAUUCGCCCCCCUGAACCCAGAUCCCCCUGAAGUAGAAUCUGGAGAAACUCCUCAGCCUCUGGGGCUGAUGAUGACAUCAUCUCUGCCAGAACCAGAGUGCUCUGACGCCUGUGCAGCACUUGCUGUGGAUGCACAGGAACUGACCCGUGGGGUUUCAACUUUGACCUUGCCCGCGUCCCCAUCCCUGCUUGCCUCCCUUCCUCCCUCCCUUAGUGUCCCCACCCUUCCCAUGGUCCUUUCAGUUUACGGUUAAAACAAGUGACUUGUGUAUUUUUGUUUUUUUGUUUUUCAAGAUUUACACCACGUUCAUGCCUGCCUUUUUCUGUUAUUGUUUUUGAAUGUACAUAUAAACAGUUUGUUUGGUUU